UUUUUUUUUUAACAAAAAGUCACUUCAAGACGAAAAGCCAAAAAAAGAAGGGCAAAGAAUCAGAAGUGGAAAACUACCCAAGAUAUACUCCGUACGUUGGCUUUGUUUGCUAACCCUCGCUGACCCAGCUUGAAUCCAGCCAGUACCGCAAAACCACACACUACAACACCACCCACCGUCGUCGUCAGAACCUCUACGCCUUGCCUUCUUCACAAUGGCAGAUGUUGUCCGGACCUCCCAUUUCCAUUCUGGACACCUUGUCCGCCGUCGACGACGCCAUAGACCACAACGCCGAUCUGGCGGACGCGAUCCUGGACCUGGGUCUGACCUCGUUCGGUCUGGAUGGACGAGGGCCAGACCAGAAGGACCCGCUGCCGGCCGCCUCGUUGGAAUUCCACGGCGCCGCCAGACCCAACGACCUCUCCAAGGCUCAUUCUACCAUUCGACAAUUCUACCGUGACUGGUCCCGCGAAGGUUUCACGUCAGAGGUCAAACCUCUCCUGGACACGAUCUUGUCCGAUCUUCGAACCCACCUCCCACUUGACCGACAUGCCUCGACGGACGACUCGAGCGCGACGACGAGCGCGGGACAAUCUCCUCCUGGUGGUUCAGCCACGCCAUCUCUCCUCCUCCCGGGAGCCGGCCUGGGUCGUUUGCUGUUCGAACUCUGCCGGGCCGGGUACGACGCCACGGGCAACGAAAUUUCUUACCACCAACUCCUGGCCAGCAAUUUCAUCCUCAAUUGUGCCGCCCACGAAGAUCAGUACUCCAUCUACCCUUUCGCCACGACUUUCACAAACGUCACGUCCCGCAAGAGUCAACAGCUCCGCCGACACACCGUCCCCGACGUCCACCCUGCGACGGCCAUGCAAGACCGCAUCGACCGGUCAUUGCCGGUCGGGGAGAUGAACAUGACCGCCGGUGACUUCAUCCUUUCGUACUCGACCCCCGGGUGCACCGGCACCUUUGACGGCGUGGUCAGUGUCUUUUUCAUCGACACCGCCCCGAACCUCAUACGUUACAUCGAGACGGUCCGUAACUGUCUGGCCCCGAAUGGGGUGUGGAUCAACCUGGGACCUUUGUUGUGGCACUUUGACGAUAGGUUUCAUGGUGGUGACAACGACAUCAACAACAACGCCGAAAGCAAGGGCGGCGGCGACGGUGAUACUGACACUCACACGCAUUCUCAUUCUCACGACGGUAAAAACCGGCAUUCACAUUCCCUUCAACAACACAAACAUCCCAUGGAACUCGAAGACAAAGGUAUCGCCGAACCCGGAUCUUUCGAACUCUCCGACGAGGAAGUGAUCCAACUCGUUUCCCAAUUCGGAUUCGAGAUUAUUCACCACGAGAUUGUAGGAGACGAAAACGUCAAUUCCCCAACGUCAGCAUAUGGGUCUGGUCUAGGAUACGUGCAAGACCCUUCAAGUCUUUUACAGAAUCGGUACAGGUGUAGUCACUGGGUGGCGCGCAAGCUCUGAAUUUCCUAGGGUGCCUUUGAGGCCACUUAUAUGCCCUAGUAGACAUAAAUAGGGAGCAACAGAACUCCAGAACAAACAAAUGCACAAGCGACGAAUACAUUCUGGGCCAGAGAAAAAAAUCUCACCCGACAAAGAGUCAUAUUGGUUGA